UCUUAGCUCCCCACUUGCAAAAGGGCCUCAAUCUCCCUCCCAUACGACCACCCUCUGGCAAGCUUCGUAAGGCUUCAGUCAAAAUCUCACAGUCCACCAUAUUUUGAGGGUGUUUGCCGCAAAUGGAGUCCUUAAGCCUCUGUAAUGCCCGAGGGGGUCUCUCAAAUUCCCCUUCCCUUAACGUGGGUCAGUCCCAUAUGACCAUACGGCACCUGUCACACUGUGGUGCGAACACCUCGCCCACCUCAAAAUUGUUUAAGCAUUGGAACGCCUACCCACCAAGUCAUACCAGUGUGGGCAUUCCUCGCUUGUUGAAACACACAGUGAAAAAGGGGAAAGAUAAGAUAUCUGUGAGCAUGGGGGAUUCUGUUGCUGUGUCUCAUAAGGACAAGGGAGAUUUGAAUGUCUUUCCUAAUGGAGAUGAGCUAGCAGUAAGCGUUGCAGAUUAUGUUGCUGGAUUGUCCCAGGCAAUAAUCGCCGAGAGAGGCGCUUUUACUGUGGUCUUGUCUGGGGGAACCCUCAUGGAUGAAAUCAGGAAGUUGACUGAACCUCCAUAUCUCGAUAGCAUUGAUUGGGGUCGAUGGCAUGUGUUUUGGGUAGAUGAGAGAGUGGUAAAAAUAGAUCAUCCAGAUAGCAAUUACAAGUUAGCGUAUGAUAACUUCCUUGCAAAGGUGCCAAUUGUUCCAGGUCAUGUUUAUGCCAUUAAUGACUCCCUUUCUCCAGAGGCUGCAGCAGAAGAUUAUGAAACUGGUUUGAGGCAACUUGUGAAGACGGGGGUCAUAGAUGUUUCAAAAGAUAGUGGCUUACCCAAAUUUGACCUUAUGCUUUUGGGAAUAGGUCCCGAUGGUCACAUUGCAUCCCUAUUCCCUGGUCAUCCUCUUCUUAAUGAAAAGGAGAAAUGGGUCACUUCCAUAAUUGACUCUCCAAAACCACCUCCAGAGAGAAUAACCUUCACUUUGCCUGUAAUUAACUCGGCUGCAAAUGUUGCAGUGGUUGUGACUGGAGCUGGUAAAGCAGAUCCACUUAAGAGAGUGUUUGAUGAUGAGCAGCAUGGUGAGUUGUUACCAGUUCAGAUGCUGUCUCCCAAGGAUAAAAAACCAACAUGGUUCACUGAUAAAGAGGCAGCCGCAAAGAUUGUCAACUGAAUAUUUUCAAGUUCAGAAUCUAGUUGAUUCUGAAUAUUGUGGUCCAUGAAUUUUCUUCCACUCAAGCUUGUACCCUGUUAAGAUGGAAGGAACAGGUGUUUAUAAAUAAGGAGAGACCAUUAGGUAGGUGUUAUAGUAGGUGUUAUAGAAACAACUUAAAUGAGUGACUUUCAAAGCUUUGUUUGGAUGUAGUCUCCGAUCGGUUUGAAUGGAAAGUUAUGUUACUUGAGAA